AAAUCAAUUCUGAAUUCUCUAUUUGGUGGCUGCCUUUUAUCCCACUUUCCUCUCCAUAAGACCGUGCUCUCUCUCUCUCUCUCUCUCUCUCAGAUUCUCCCUUUGGAUUUCUGAUCAGCUUCAACUAUGUCUUUCAAAGGGACAAAUGCAUCAUCUGGCAUGGGUGUUGCCGACCAUAGCAAGGGCACAUAUAUGGAGUUGCAGAGGAAGAAGGCACACCGAUAUGUGAUCUUUAAGAUUGAUGAGAAGAAAAAAGAGGUGGUUGUUGAGAAGACUGGAGGUCCAGCUGAGAGUUAUGAUGAUUUUACUGCUUCUUUGCCCGAGAAUGAUUGCCGAUACGCAGUCUAUGACUUUGAUUUUGUGACUUCUGAGAACUGUCAGAAGAGCAAAAUCUUUUUCAUUGCAUGGUCUCCUUCUGUAUCUCGCAUCCGUGCCAAGAUGCUGUAUGCUACAUCCAAGGACAGGUUCAGGCGGGAGCUCGAUGGCAUCCAUUAUGAGAUUCAGGCCACUGAUCCAACAGAGAUGGAUCUUGAAGUGCUGCGAGACCGCGCCAACUAGACCCUUUCUAUUCUGUGGAGGGUUUCCAUGUAAACUGCUCGUGUGACUUAAAAUAAUGCUUUAAGUUUGGACUUAGGUUCCGUUUAUGACAGCCGCAAAAAUACAUACCUACUAAAUAAACAACUUGGCAACCGGGAAUGCUGAUACCGGAGCUCUUGGCUUGGCCAACUCCAAAUUAUGGGGAGUCUUCGGCUCCUUAUUGUCAUGAUGCUUCCCUGGUUUGGGCAUGGUUACGACACUGAUGAUAUAACUACUGAAUACAUAUUAUCCAAUAGGUUGAAUGGGUAUAAUCUCUCUCUUAGGUAUAUGAUUUUGUUCCUUUGAAGCUAAAUCUAAUGGUAUGCUUUGGAAUUAACGAAUUAGUCA